AUGCGUGUUCGACUACUGUAUUGGGUUAUAAUCGCUACUGUAAUGUGUGACUUUGUCCAAAUCCCAAUUAAGUACCAAGUAGACUAUGAUCAACCUGUAGCCACGAUUCAAGUCAGUGAUGUAAACGAAUGUGCUACUUUAGGUGACAAUGACGAUGUAAAUUGUAUAAUAUGGUACUUGAACGGCACUUGUGUAGGGUAUCAAUGGAUUCAGAGUUGGCUUGGUGCUACUGAAACACAACAAGGUUAGUCAAAGUCAUAGCUUAGAGCCCUAGCCCAGAACCUUAGCCCUGAGUCCUCGCCUUAGACUUUGUUUUAGUCUUAGUCCUAACCCCAGUCUUAGUUCUCAUGCUUGCCUAAGUACUCGUUUUGGCUUAGUCCUAGCGUUAUUUUUUGUCCUGGUCUUAGUCUUAUUCUUAGCUUUAGUCAGUUUUAAUCGCAGCCCACUAUCUUAACUUGAUUUUUUUUCAUGAGGCUAGCCCUAAUUUCGAAUGAGGCUAGUCCUACAAGAAUCAAUAAUUUAAACAAUUAAUAGUCCCAAUGUUAAUUUAGAUACGGGUGUUCGAGACUUUGCGGUAUAUCUAAGAACAUAUACCAAAGGCUGUACGAGUUGUAUGGACGCAAAGUCCGCCGAGUUGGCAAUUGCUGAUUUUAGUAAGUUUUUUUAAAUUGAACCCAGGAGCGUCGCUACAGAUUUUUUCCAAAUGAAAAUGAGUAAAAGUAAUUUUUUGGUCAGUUUUUCGAAUUUUUUCAGUUUUUUACGUACAGGUAUUUUUGGAUUGGUUGGAAAGGGGGGGGGGAGGAACAGGUCUACUUCUAGUCAUCCCUCCGAUUAACAAUGUCCGUGAUUGAAACAUGUAGCUUUUGUGCAAAUUUUAGCUAAAGUCUUGAUAUUUUCAUAAUUUUAUGCUUUUCAGCUUAUCAAGGGCAAAUUUGCCCACCGAUUUACAGUAUAACAUGGAAUCAAACCGCUUUUUUUUGUGCUGGACCGGUAAGUUCUUUAACAAUAGGAAAGAUGGGCGAGAUACAAAAGGGAGUAGUCUAGAGUAGAAAACAUAGUAGAGUUGAUUGUGUAUUACUAUUUACAUCUCAAAAUGUCACUUUUCAGUUGUCAGCUCAAAACUCGACUUUACUAUGGGGUGACCGUUUUCGAAACUACCGUAUGAGUGUCGAUUCCAAAAAGACUAUGUACAUGUUCAACAGAGCACGUAAGUUCUUUUUUUUAGUUUAUACUUUCUUCAGUUGUAAUUGUAUGGUAAUAUUGGUAAUUCCAGGCCGGUAAUUGUGUCUGGGACCGGAGGGGGGGGGGGAGGAGGGAGGAGUACUAUUUUUAUCAUUUGGGGUGGUAGAAGUAGAUUUAAAAUCAAAAUUUUAAAAAUUAAACUGCGAACUACAGAUCUAAAAUUUUUGUUUUUAGGCAAGGUGUAUGUAAGAGGGGUGAUAUUAGUUUGUUCAAAUAAUCCUGAGCUACUAAACCCAGAAAUUUUGCUUUAAGAGUAGAUUACAGUUAUUUUAGCAACUUAAUAAAUAAAAACCUAAUUAAGUUGCUACAGUAAUUCUGUGCUCUUAACCUUGUAAGUUUGGUUUUAAAAGUGAGCACAGAUAGUUUUACAAUCUAAUAGUAAUCGUAGUUGAACGUUUAUAUUAACCUCAAUAUUGUUAUAGAAGCUACAAUGUCAGCCAGCUACACCUGUGACAAUUGGAACGCCUUUAUUGCAGUCUUUGACUACGUAUGGUACUGCUACACAAAAGCAUCAGUUACCUAUACAAAUGUGACCAGUUUGAUUGAAAACGACUGUCCCAACUAUAUGAGUAAUAGUAGCCCAGUCAAGGUGUUCAACUGGUUGAUACCUGGGUUUUUAUGCAGUAAGUUGGCCUUUACAACCAUAAAAUUUUUUUAGAUGUUUUUAGGCCGCGCUUGUAAAAAUGGCAGCAAAAGUUAGGUUAAAAUUUGGAUUUUUGUACAUUGGCAUUGUGUUGCAAGUCGAAUUUUAGAAGAUAUCAAGCCUGAAAAACAUUUUAUUGAAAAAUUAAUAAGAUAUUAGAAAAGAUACUUGUAUGAAAUUUGGCCAUAAAAUUUAAAUUUUCAUUUUCCCGCCAAGUUUGGCAUUGUGUUGCAAGUUCGAUCUUAGUCUACAAUUAAGCGGAAAAAUGCAAUUUUAAAAUAACAAAUGAAUAAAUUUUUUAAAAAAGUAUCAAAAAGCAGCACAAAAUUUGAAUUUUCAUUUUCUCGCAAACUUUGGCAUUGUGUUGCAAAUAACAUUUUAGAAGCUUUUUUGUUAAAAAUAGCAUUUUAAGUUUAAAAAAUAAACAAGUUACAUAUAAAUAAAAUUUUUAGUCCAUGCCAAUGGUUUCGGCUCAAUAGGAGCUUAUCGUACCACUGGUACCACCUUUCUUUACUGGGACAAUACGACAAUAACUGACGAGUUAAUCUGGCAAAGCGGGUAUCCACAAGCGACGGCUGGCGACUUUGUGUUAGUCAAUCAAGAAGAUCUACUGAAUUUGGAGAAUGUGGCCAGUAUUACUUAUUUGUGCUGUAUGGGUACUCCUAUUGUUCGUAGUUAG